UAAUAGAAAUAGGUUCACUGCUCUGGCCACUUAUAUAGAAUCCACCUCUGCUUCCUUGUCUCAAGCUCCCUCCAUCUCUUAUCUCCAAAUGGAAGUUUCAGGUGCCAGAGCCGCAGUGUACGUGGGUUUGGUUAGCAUAGUAAUUGCGUUGGCAUGGAGGGUGUUGAACUGGGUUUGGUUCCGGCCAAAGAGGCUAGAAACGUUCCUGCGACAACAAGGCCUUUCUGGCAAUUCUUAUCGAUUUCUAUUUGGAGACGUGAAGGAAAGCUCCAUGAUGACGAAGGAAGCAAAAUCAAAACCCAUGAAUCUCUCUCAUGAUAUAACUCCACGUGUCCUUCCCCAUCUUCAUCAAACGGUUUCAAGUUUUGGUCACAACUCUUUUAUAUGGGAUGGCCCCACUCCAACCGUGAUCAUUAGCAAUCCAGAAGAUGCGAAGGAUAUGUUCCCCAGAUAUGGUGAUUUUGAAAAGCCACGUUUAGGUUCACUUGCAAAGUUGCUAGCAACAGGUCUUGCAAAUUACGACGGUGAGAAAUGGGCUAAACACCGCAGGAUUAUUAAUCCAGCAUUCCACAUGGAGAAGCUGAAGAAAAUGGUACCAGCAUUUAAUGAAUGUUGUAGCGAGAUGAUUAGCGAAUGGGAGGCUUUGGUGUCAGAAGAAGGGUCAUGUGAGUUGGAUGUGUGGCCCUGUCUACAAAAUUUGUCGGCUGAUGUGAUUUCAAGAACAGCCUUUGGGAGUAGCUACCAAGAAGGAAGAAAGAUAUUCCAACUGCUACUGGAGCAAAUUGAACUUGUAGUGGCCCUUUUUCAGUCUGUUUGCGUUUACAUUCCAGGGUGGAGUUUCCUGCCUACAAAAAUAAACAAGAGGAUGAAGGAAAUUGACAAGAAAAUAAAAUCUUCACUCGAGGAGGUAAUCAACAAAAGAAAGAGAGCGAUGAAAAUGGGAGAUGGAACUAAAGAUGACUUAUUAGGCAUACUUUUGGAGUCCAACUUUAAAGAAAUCCAACAACAUGGAAGCAAGCAGAGGUUUGGAAUGAGUACUGAAGAUGUGAUUGAGGAAUGUAAGCUAUUUUACUUUGCAGGGCAAGAGACCACCUCAGUGUUGCUUGUUUGGACCAUGGUUGUGUUGAGUAUGCAUCCAAAUUGGCAACACCUUGCGAGAGAAGAGGUUUUGCAAGCUUUUGGAAACAACAAACCAGACUUUGAUGGCUUAACUGAACUUAAAGUUGUUACAAUGAUUUUGAAUGAGGUGCUUAGGUUAUAUCCACCAGCGUAUACAUUUUAUCGAAAUGUUGACAAGAAGACACAACUAGGAAAGUUGACAUUACCAGCUGGAGCGCAGAUCACUGUACCAACACUGCUUGUUCAUCAUGACAAGGAACUAUGGGGUGAAGAUGCAAAUGAGUUCAAUCCGGAGAGAUUUUCGGGAGGAGUUUCAAUGGCCACAAAGGGUCGAUUAUGUUUUUUCCCUUUUGGCUGGGGACCUCGGAUUUGCAUUGGGCAAAACUUCGCCCUGUUGGAAGCAAAAACGGCUUUGUCAAUGAUUCUACAAAGCUUCACAUUUGAGCUAUCCCCAUCCUAUGCUCAUGCUCCACACGUUAUCCAUACUCUUAAACCACAAUUUGGAGCUCAUAUUAUUUUACACAAACGUAAUUAAUACUAUAAAAUUAUGGAUAAUAAACGUGUUUAUAUAUGUACUAUUCAUAUAUAUGUUUGUAUCAAUUAAAACAUAUGAGUGGUUUUGGAUGUAAUUGUUAUAUAUCGUAUAUAUGUCUGUAUCAAUUAAAACAUAUGGGUGAUUUUGGAUGUAAUUGUUAAAUAUAUAUAUAUAUAUAUAUAUGCUAUAUUUAUAUGUA